AGGCUCUGCAGAGAUUGAUAUGGCUGUUCCUGCAAGAAAACAGGACUAGAUAAAUGUCCCUUAACAGUGUACUUUUUGAAAAUAAGAAUUUUUGAAAAACAUUUGUAUUGUGAAAAAUGGCAAGUAUAUCUCAGCGAAAAUAGUAUAACGAAUCACCAUAUGCCCAGUACUUCAAUGAAUCACAUUUACUUUGUUCUUUUUCUUCUUCUUCACUGAAGGAUUUUAAAGCAAAUUCCAAAUAGUAUGCCAUUUUACCUCAACAUACUUCAGUAUUCAUUGUCAUAUUGAACUAAAUUACCAAAAAUACCUUGUAUUAUGUAAUUCCUCCCAGUCCAUGCUCAGAGUUCCCUGAUUGUUUCAAAAAUGCCCUUGUGUUUCCGAGGGGGAGAUCUUUCCAGUUGGACCAGGACCAGUUGGUUUUGUGCAUACAAUCCUGUUUGAAAUGCAGUUAACAUAUCAGCUGGACCUAUUUCCUGAAUGCAGAGUGACUCUUCUGUUAUUUAAAGAUGUAAAAAAUGCUGGAGACUUGAGAAAAAAGGCCAUGGAAGGCACCAUUGAUGGUGCAUUGAUAAAUCCUUCAGUGAUUGUUGAUCCUUUUCAGAUACUUGUGGCAGCAAAUAAAGCAGUUCACCUCUACAAACUGGGAAAAAUGAAGACGAGAACUCUGUCUACUGAAAUUAUUUUCAACCUUUCCCCAAACAACAAUAUUUCAGAGGCUUUGAAAAAAUUUGGUAUCUCAGCAGAUAAUACUUCAAUUUUAAUUGUUUACGUUGAAGAGGGAGAAAAACAAGUAAAUCAAAAAUACCUAAUAUCUCAAGUAGAAGGUGACCAGAUUUCUCUGAAAAAUCUUCCUGAAAUAACGAAUAUUUCUGAAGUCAAAAAGAUAUAUAAAGUGUCUUCACAAGAAGAAAAGAUUGGGACAUUAUUGGGUGGUAUCAUUAGUAGAAUGUCAACAAAAGAUGUUUUAUAAAAUGUUAGAAAUAUUAACAGAAAUUUUCAGCUUUAAAUAAAACAUUGGUUUUUCUUUCCUGA